AGACGCCGAGGUUUCGCUUUCAAUCCGAACAGUCGCAAGGCGGGGCAAGCGCAAGUGGCGGCGGCGCGUUUUAUCAAUCCGAACAGGCCGGGCAGGCGCAGCAGCAGCAGCAGCAGCAGCAGGGUGCGAUCCCUUCUUCCAAAGACAGCCAACCGCAGCAGCCCCCUGCGAAAGAUGCGAAGACACCUCCCUGGGUGAAGCUCAACGACAUUGAGAUCGGGUUUCAAAAGUUGGAAGUGCAGAAUUUCAACUGGCAUGACAUUCUGGCGAAGUUCGAGUACAUCUGGAUUGAGAAGUUCUUCAUCGGCUCGAAAAAGUACAACAUGUUUCUCAUUCCAGAUGUUCUCCGGCUGUUGCUGAAGCAAUCCUUCGACGGGCUCUGUGCAGCGGAAAUGUUGCCGGAGUUUCUCGUUCCCGGGGAUCCAACCGUGACCGCGGAGAUACGCGGCCAGGAACCACAUUUGGAGGGGAUACUAGAGGAAGAUGAGGAAGGCUUGUUUUAUAUCCCAAACAGCAACGUGCUGAUAGAAGAAGUUGAAGCCGUUGAAGGUGCUGCUAUUCCGCCGGACGGGCGGCAGCAGCUGCAAGCAGCAGACGGUAUUGCUUCUGUAAGCGCCUCCCCCGGACAGUUUUCCAAGCAAACCUCGCCCAGUGAAGUAGACUCAGCGCUGGUUCCACCAGAGAUGUUAAAUCCGCGUCUUAUCAACGAGCAGCUAUCGUACAGCGUGUUUGCCGACAAGGUCGGGCAGAGGCUGCAGCGGCUGCAGAGCAAAAACUCAUUCCAGCCAGGAACGAACUCUGCGGCCACGGCUGGCGCUAAUAAUCCGACUAGUUCCACAGAUAUGUCACGCUCCGGAUCCGAGGAGUCCGUUUCCAUGCGCGGGCAGAACGGGUCCCACGCAAGCGCCAGUGCCACGCCAAGUCCAGACUUGAUUCGGAGCCCACCACAAGAAGCAACUAGUACCCGGGAGCCGGUUAGUAUUUUUACUAAUAGUGAUGCGACGCCUGGAGCAGGCGCUGCGCGUAGGACAGGGGGAGAUGGUACAACGCCAGGGGUGGUUGUACCAGGCAGCACUAAUGCCGUAGACGCGACUGGCAGGUUGUCCCGCACCUCCUCUUUCGCCAGUAUUGAUGGCGAAGAGGCUCCUGUUCCUGACGGUGAGGUGACUGCGAGAAAUCAGAAAACAGACGGCGAUGCUACGGGAAGAACAAACAAGGUCGAAGGAGCUACUCGUAGUACCAGCGCGACGAGACAAAGAGGACAAGGAAACGGCGAUGGCACAACAACAACUACAACCGCUGGGGAGCAGGUCCAUGACGGUGUCACUCGGUCGAGGUCGAAGUCGAAAGCGAGGUCAAAGGCCCGAAGUGGUAGAGAGAACAACAGCAACGCGGAGGACCAAAGUCAACACCAAACGCCGGAUGUUGUUCACCCAAAAGCCUACAACCUCGCGGUCAGCGCCGUGCAGUGGCGAGCGGAUAUAAUCAGAAAAAGAUGCGCUUUGGAAUCCCGCGACGAGGCAGAAGCGUGGGCGUUGUUACUGCUCACGUGGGAAAAGAUCUCGCCGCCGGUGAAAGUCUACGUAUAAAAUUUUUGUCCCGUCACGUUGUUCUUUCUUUAGCAUCAGGCGUUGAUCUUCUAUAAUCUGCUGCUGUGCAGCGACGUAGUUUCAUAGGGAUUCUCUUUAUCAAUGCUAGAAACCAACGCUUAUUCUAUGUUUAUAUACAGAUCUCCGAAUCCUGGGAGGAAGCCAAGCCCCAUGUUUGGUUUUACGGCGCCGUUGUCGGUCUCGCCGCGUUCACUUUUCUUCUUUUCCUCACGCUGCUCCUGUUCCUCUGCUAUCCCAUAGAAAAAAGCUGGCAGGGAAAAAUCUCUGUGUCGCAGAAGUAGAUAGUACGCGGCACGUAGAGGGAUCUGCAGCGCGUGCCCGUGCCUAUGAGAGAUGUUUGUGUUUCUGCGUACUGUGUAGUUUUGCAUAUAGGAGUUACGAAUAAGAAAAUAUGCCCUUCCCGCUUUUUUCUGGGGGAUAUCCGCGUUGUGGAGAAGUGGAUGACGAUCCAGAAACGAAGCCGGGAAAACCAUACGAGAGUGCACAACUCCCCUUCCCCUCAUUUGCAUGGCAUGCGCAGCAAUACAAACACCAACACACGUGGAGCCUGUGCAUGACAAGUUCAGGGGCCGAGUGUAAGUAGUACUGUUUGGGCUUCUGGGAUUUGUCAUGCAAACAGUGCCACAAGGCAGCAAACUUAUUGGGGAUUUUGCAUCUUCACAGAUGAGGGGGAGGGGGAGUUCUUGUGCACUGUUAUAAACCAGCUGUACGAGCAACAGGUGCAACGGAUGCAGGCGUGGGCAUUGGAGCACGGCGGAACUUUUCAUCGGGACACGCUGAUGACGACCGUGCAGGGUGCCUCGGCAUCUCCGUCUCCGGCGCACAGUUGUAACAGUCGCCGUUUCUUUGUUCAAGACCGGCGUGGUCCUCACGCUUUGCAGGAUGAGGAUCAAGACCAUGAUUUUCGGCGGGGCGAGGUGAUGAAGGGGGUGGUAGACGAAGAGCAUAAUGAGGAAGAUUAUCAUAACAACUUUCAUCACGACGACAACGCCGAUGUUUUUCAUGAGAACAAAGCACUUGAUGUAAACCACAGAGAUGUUGACCGCCAAAUGCACAACUUCCCCGACCUACAAAACCACCAGAACCUUAACAACAGCGCCUCCGCCCCGGAAUUCCGGCUCGUGAGACACAAAGACCAGCAGGGCCGGCACGACACAAUCAGCUUCGGCGUUGCAAAUGUUGAGAAGAGUUACGUCUUCAAAACCGGCGGUGAGCCGAGUUCUUCUUCCAGUAAGGAGUUGGGAUCUGCUAAGAGCGCAGCUUCUGCAGACUCGGCGGGGAACAGUACGCCGGGCGAGCGCUCCUUCCGUGCGAACCGGGGCGGCGGAUACACAGCAAGUCAGUCGGAAAUGGAUGAAACGGAGUCGUCCGCGUCCGACGAAGAGGACGAGGAGGUGUUUAUUUCCGAGGCGGAUGGGAACGUGGUAGUUGAGCAAAUUAUGCAAAGAGGAACCGAAAGCGAAAGUACUAAAGGAAAGGAAAAAGCAGCAGAAAAACACGCAAGGUCAACAGCGUCUCAGCGCCCGCUUGGUCGUCGUAGUAGUUCAACAUCCCGGAAGAAGAACGACGUAAGUAGCAAGCACAACAACCUCGACCGCCAUUUUUCUGCUCAAAAAUCUUCGGACAACAAUGAAGAUUAUGACGAGUGUGAUUCGGACGUGGAGAGCGACACGCCACGCGUGCCGGAUAACACCCCGAGGUCGGGUUACGCGUCGUCCGUGGUUUCGUUCACAAGGCGGGGAAAGUUUUUGAAAACGACGAAUCUACCAUCCGACGCCCCGCCAUGCCCGCCGUCGACACCGGCAGCUCUGCGCUUGGUCAGCGAUGGAUGCGGGGCUGAUAGACCCGAGGUCGGCCGACAUACUUAGGUCAAAAUGCAUCAAGCCGGUUGUACUAUACGGCGGGCCGAGUAGCUGCAGUGUCGACGGUUUCGAUUUUUGCUUCUUGCAAUUCAUUUUCAUUUCCCUAUCCUGAGGCUCAGGCAUUCAGGAAAUAAAUCCGUUUUUUUUUUUGCUUCAAGUACUAUCGAUCAAUCUUACACUAGUUCUUCUGCGAGAUAAUUUCUUUCUUUCUGUCUCUGGGAAAACGUAAACGGGAAUAAUAUCAUCAACGUAGAAAUAUUGUAGCAUCUAUGGGAAUAUAGUUUAUCGUAAGCGACGAGGACGUCUUGAUGAGCGAAGUAUGUUGUUUGGUACGUGCCACUAGACGUGGUGCCAAAUCGUGGCGUACGCCCUCUACGCGUGCUUCGGACUUUUUGGGACUAUGCUUUCACACUUUUUUAAUCACGAUAACUCGUAUGGAGAGCGUGUGUGUUGCAAAUUUGUGAGGUUUGACAUGAUGAAUAUUCGUUAGUCGGAGAAGUCUCACGCCGGUGUGCUUCGUGUAUCACGUUUCUUGUAUAAAGAAAAAGACAGCAGUAAACACUGUAGAAAAUGCAAAUUAUGAACCUCUUGCGAUACUCAAAAACGACGUCGCCAACUACUACUACAGUCAAGAGCGCAGCAGCACCAUUUUUUUUCCAUAAGCACUAGGUGCUCCUCCAAAUG